AACUGAGCGAUCAAGUUCAGCUCUGGUUACGUGCAUCGGGAUAGAAAGCGGAGGGGGUGGAGAGAGCAAGAGACUGCAAUAUCAUUUGUGAAUCGCUCACAGUGCUGCAGAUACAGAUUGCUAACACAUGCAGUGCAAAUGCAGGUGAAGAAGAGACGCGCAGAUUGAGAAUGCAGGACUUGGAAUGGCUCGUUUCACUGGAUUUUAGCUGCACAUUUCCAGUACUUUCUCGGAAAUACAGUUAUUCAUUGCUUAAAUGUGUUGCUUUGCAGGGUUUUAUGCCGAGCAAUUGAUGAAAAGUACAAAGACACCUUGUUUAUUAUAUCACUGGAGGUAGACAGAUUUCAUUACUUGGAUUGUUGUUAAAACGGCAGGACAUAUCAUUUGCUGUUUGACUGCUGUUACAAGGUAAGAAUACGGAACAGUUUUGUAAAGUAUCAAUAGUUUGGAUUUUGCGUGUUUUUAAAUACAUCUGCACUGAGCAGACGUCUGCAGACUGAAGGGUCUUAACCACGAAACUGGGAUUGGAAAAAAGGAUACAUAUUUUGAAACGUUUUUCAAACACAAAGAGGACUUGGAAUUUUUAGAAUUGAAGAAAACGACUGAACAGGCUGUCAUUUAAAAAACGGCAUCGACUCCAGUGAAAAAAUCUCAGCUACCGCAAGAGGAAUAAUCUAUUGCGAUAUUGCUGUGUGUGCAGAUUGCGGGUUUUGUUGAAAGAAGAAAAAAAAGAAGUGCAUUUGAACCAGCGUGAGAAAAGGAAUCAUUGUGGUUUAUAUUCGGUAAUGUGGGCUAAAAUGUUUAACGUUUGAAAAGGUGUAAGAAGACGCAUUAAUUGUAAAGUCGGAUGUGUUCUGAAACAGAGCACUGUAUUAAAAGAAAAAAAAACAUAUUUUAAGUACCAUUUUAAUCUCUUUAGCGGCAUUUCAUACAUUUUAAAGGCAACAAACAACCAGAUCAACUGCAGAAAACCAUGAGGACUAUUGGUGCAGUGGACUAUUUAUGCUACUAUAUGAUCCUCCUGCAGCUCCUGCUGACUCAGCCGGCUGCCAAGCAAGUGCUUCGAUAUCGCUUGGCAGAGGAAGGACCAGCCGAUGUCCGGAUAGGGAAUGUAGCUGCAGACCUCGGAAUCGUAGCUGGUUCUGGUGAGGUGACUUUCACACUUGAAUCGGGAUCUGAUUAUUUUAAAAUUGAUAACAUCACCGGGGAGCUAAGUACUAAUGAGCGAAGAAUCGACAGGGAAAAAUUAGCCCAAUGCCAAAUGAUUUUUGAUGAGAACGAGUGCUUCAUAGAUUUUGAAGUGUCUGUUAUUGGACCGUCACAAAGCUGGGUUGAUCUAUUCGAAGGCAAAGUGAUCAUUUUAGAUAUAAACGACAACACCCCUUCCUUCCCUUCUCCUGUCCUGACUUUAUCUGUGGAAGAGAAUAGACCCAUAGGCACACUGUACUUACUGCCCACUGCUACAGAUAGAGAUUUUGGCAGGAAUGGUAUAGAGAGAUAUGAGCUUAUACAAGAUAGUGGAGAAGGAUCAGUAAGACGUGCUGGGUCAAAUUCUGGGGGACGUACAGAGAGUGGUGAUAGUUAUUCGGGUAAGAGAAGAUUUGAUACCGAAGGUGCAAGCAGAAGCAGUGUUUUUGAACUCCAAGUUGCUGACACUACUGAUGGAGAGAAGCAGCCACAGCUGAUUAUUAAAGGGGCACUGGAUAGAGAACAGAGAGACUCUUAUGAACUAACACUUCGUGUUAGGGAUGGAGGUGAUCCUCCAAGGUCUUCCCAAGCCAUCCUUAGAGUUUUGAUCUCUGAUGUCAAUGACAAUAGCCCCCGUUUUGAGAAAAGUAUUUAUGAAGCAGACUUAGCAGAAAAUAGCUCCCCUGGCACUCCUAUAUUACAGCUGAAAGCUACUGAUUUAGAUGUUGGGGUAAAUGGACAAAUAGAGUAUGUAUUUGGAGCGGCAACUGAGUCAGUACGCAGGCUCCUUAGACUGGAUGAAAAUUCAGGCUGGUUGAGUGUUUUGCACCGUAUUGAUAGGGAAGAAGUAAGCCAGCUACGGUUUACUGUAAUGGCAAGAGAUAGGGGUCAGCCCCCCAAAAUGGACAAAGCCACAGUUGUUUUAAACAUCAAGGAUGAAAAUGAUAAUGUUCCUAUAAUUGACAUCAGAAAAAUAGGUAGAAUAUUUUUAAAAGAUGGAAUUGCCAAUGUAGCAGAAGAUGUAGUAGUUGAUACUCCUAUAGCAUUGGUACAAGUGUCAGACCGUGAUCAAGGGGAGAAUGGAGUGGUUACUUGCACUGUGGUUGGUGAUGUGCCAUUUCAACUGAAACCAGCUAGUGAAAUUGAAGGAGAUCAGAAUAAAAAGAAAUAUUUCCUUCACACUUCAGCUCCACUGGACUAUGAAGCUACACAGGAGUAUAAUGUUGUAAUUGUAGCAGUGGACUCUGGGAGCCCCAGUUUAUCAAGCAAUAAUUCAUUAAUUGUCAAAGUUGGAGACACCAAUGAUAACCCACCGAUCUUUAGUCAAAAUGUGGUAGAAGUGGCUUUUGCUGAAAAUAAUGCCCCAGGUGAAAGAGUAGCUACUGUGGUUGCAAUAGAUGCUGACAGUGGCAAAAAUGCAGAAAUUGCAUAUUCUCUCGAUUCUUCUGUAUCUGGAAUCUUUUCUAUAGACCCAGAUAAUGGUGACAUCAGGGUGAACACCGUUUUGGACCGUGAACAGACGGACAGAUAUGAAUUUAAAGUGAUUGCAAAAGACAAGGGCAUGCCUACUCUCCAGGGAUCGGCUACAGUGUUGGUGCAGGUAGCGGACAAAAAUGACAAUGAGCCUAAAUUCAUGCAGGAUGUAUUUACAUUUUAUUUGAAAGAAAAUCUACAACCUAACAGCCCUGUUGGAAUGGUUACAGUAAUGGAUGCUGACAAAGGUCACAAUGCAGAAAUGAGCCUCUUUAUUGAAGAGGAGGAUGAUAUUUUUUCCAUUGAAAAUGAUACUGGGACAAUUUAUUCCACCGUAUCUUUUGACAGGGAGCAGAAAACAACUUAUACAUUCAAAGUCAAAGCAGUGGAUGGUGGAGAGCCUCCAAGAUCUGCUACUGCUACAGUAUCUCUAUUUGUAAUGGAUGAAAAUGACAAUCCACCUACUGUGACUUUCCCUAGUAACAAUUCAUACACCCUUCUGCCACCAUCAAGCAACCUCAGAACAGUUGUGAGAACAGUUUUGGCUACUGAUAGUGAUACAGGAGUAAAUGCAAAUCUAAACUAUAGUAUAGUUGGAGGCAACCCAUUUAAACUGUUUGAUAUUGAUACAGCUAAUGGUGUCAUAUCCUUGGUGGGGAAACUGGAACAAAAGCACUAUGGAUUGCAUCGUUUGGUGAUCCAAGUCAGUGACAGUGGUCUGCCUUCACAGUGCACAAUGUCUCUUGUCCAUGUAUAUGUAAAUGAGACAGUGUCUAAUUCUACUAUUGUGGAGGCACAAAUUGCUCGAAGCUUGGGUACCCCUAUAUCAAUAGACAUUGCAGGUGAUCCUAACUAUGACUUGGGUAAACAAAGACUCAGUAUUGUAAUUGGAGUUGUAGCGGGUAUAAUGACUGUGAUUUUAAUCAUAUUGAUAGUCGUCAUGGCAAGAUAUUGUAGACCAAAGAAUAAAAAUGGGUAUGAAGCUGGCAAAAAAGACCAUGAAGAUUUUUUCACUCCACAGCAACAUGAUAAAAAUAAAAAGCCUAAAAAGGACAAGAAAAACAAAAAAUCCAAGCAGCCACUUUAUAGCAGCAUUGUUACUGUGGAGGCCUCGAAACCCAAUGGACAGAGAUAUGAUAGUGUAAAUGAGAAACUGUCAGACAGCCCAGGAAUGGGACGAUAUCGCUCUGUGAAUGGAGGCCCAGGAAGCCCUGACCUGGCAAGACAUUACAAAUCAAGUUCACCACUGCCAACAGUUCAGCUUCACCCACAGUCACCAACUGCUGGGAAAAAACACCAGGCUGUGCAGGAGCUCCCCCCUGCCAACACAUUUGUAGGAACAGGAGAUAACAUUUCCAUUGGAUCUGACCACUGUUCUGAGUACAGCUGUCAAACCAACAACAAGUACAACAAACAGCCAUUUCGCAGAGUGACGUUUUCUGUGGUGAGCCAGCCUCAGGACCCACAUCAGGGAUCAUUGCAGAGUUGCUAUGAUAGUGGAUUGGAAGAAUCAGAGACGCCCAGCAGUAAGAGCUCAUCAGGUCCCAGACUGGGAGCCCUUCCCCUCCCUGAGGACAACUAUGAGAGGACUACGCCGGAUGGCAGUGUUGGUGAGGCAGAGCAUAUGGAAAAUGAUUCAAGGCCACUACCAGAUGUAGCCAUGACCGGCAAAUGCACCAGGGAAUGUGAUGAAUAUGGCCACUCUGAUUCCUGCUGGAUGCCUGUGCGAAUGUCACCAGAAAGAAGACAGAAGAAUCAGCCAAAACUCUCUACUUUCAUGCCCAGCACUGAACAGGGAAGCCAGGAGAAGAUUGCUAAUGGAGACCCCCCACUCAUGGGUGAUCGCAACAGAAAUUUGCUGAACAAAAAGAUGACAUCAUCUUAUGAGACCUUCAGUAGUGCAACCUUUGGUAAAAAUGAGGAUGCCAACCCUGAGGAUAUACCUCUUACUCAAACAGGGGAGUACAAACCAUCUCCUGUUAAUACACUCACUCGACGAGAAGUGUACCUGUAAUAUUGUUUAUUUGUGAUCACCUGUAUGUUUAAGGUAAAACAAACGAAAACUCAAAAUUCCAACAUAAAUGAUGCAAAUUAUUUAAAGAAAUACAACAGUUAGAAAGAGAAGGCUAAUAAUAAGAGUGAUACUGGCAAAUCAGGCCUUUAAAUAUUUGCUGCCUGAUUUUAUUGUACAAUGUAAAAUUCAUUUUCAUAACUUGCAUGCUUAAUCUCCAUCAAAGAUUGUAUUGUAAAUUGAUGGUUGCAAAUCAAUUUAACGGGAAAUGAGACUGAUUUAGAGAAAUACGGCACAACAUUGAAAGCGAUAAGAGUCAACUGUGGUUUGGUAGUACAGUAUGCCACUGAGCCCGAUGAAACUGACGGUCAGUAAAAUUAAUUCAAUUUUGUCUUAGGCAUAUCAGCAUAUCAGCUGCAACCCUGACAAGGAUGAUACAUCACAAAACAAUGGAAAAAAGCAUGACAUCUUCAUUACUACACUAUCACUUUAAAUGUAAACUUUGGGAAGACAGAGCUUUAAUAUUUUGCCCUAAGGCUUAGACAAUAAUGACAAUAUUUUUAAAUGUCAUCUAUAAGAAAUGAUACUUGACAAUUGGAUAUUCAAUGAAAUUCUUGAUUCCCUGGUUUUUAAUGUUUCUUGGUAGCAAUUUCCUCUGCUAGGUCCAUUUUCCCUACUGUACAUAUACUAUGCACAACACACACCUUCAUACAAACACACUCAGGCUUUCAACUCACAACAGCAGUUCUUCGGAUUUUAUUAAACUAGAAAACCAGGAGAAAUUUCAAGAAGAUGCAAGCUUAUGAGCCAUGAUCAAUCAAUGUUUGCCAGUCUUUGCUUGAAUUGCGUAAAUAUGUAUAUAUGUGGUUGUACAUAUCAUCUUCAGUAACAAAAAUACUGCAGAAUUGAGACCCUGUGGGAACUUAUGUUUCUGUCUGGUACAAUCAAACAAGAGAAUCCUAAUGUUUAAUACAAAUAGGAUGACAAAAGAAAAAUAUAACAUGCAAUUUUGCAGGCUGCAUGAAGACAAAUAUUGAAGAUGGAUGUACAUGACUCUGUUGUGAACAUUUGCUGAGUAAAUUAACAAGCAACAUACAGGAUAUACAGUUAAUGUUGAUGCAAUAUUUAGAAUGGGUUUUUGAGAUUUAGAAUGGCAUUUUAGAUGGAUUUCAGGUUACAGAAUAUUAUCUUUGAAGCAUGUAAAAGUACAUAAGCAGCAAAACACAAGUAAUAUGGUUAGCUUAUGCCCUAAUUGCAAUAUUGUCCAUGCUACAGUGAGUAUAUGUGUUUACAUAUACGUAUCACAUAAAUACAUGAGCUGUUGCAUUUUUGACAAGCAUAAAGACAAGGAUAAAGAAUAUAGUACAUCUCAAUGGAGUAAAAUGAACAACUUGUCUUUUGAGAGUUACAAACCAAGAAAAUGGGGUCUAAAAUAAACCAAAGUUUUGGAAAAAUAAAGCUGGCAUGAAGUUAUAUAAUGAUUUUCUGAUAAGUUUUAGACAGAAACAAAUAGCUUUUGGUAGUUUGUUGCUUUUUGUACAUGCAUAUGUGUAAAUGUAUAGUCAAAGUAUAGGUUGAUUGAUCAGUAAGUUCCAUAUGUAUUGCAACUUUUUUUUUAAUUUUAACCUCUAUAAAUGCCCCUUUAUUUAUUACAUGUGCUGUAUAGUAUUACAUGGUAGCUGUUAUUCUGGAUUCAGUAAAAGGGCACAAGUAUUGAAAAAAACUAAAAACAGUUUGCAGUUGAAAAUUUUGUAUGUUGUCAGAUUACAACGAAAAUAAUCCUUUGUUAAUCAACUGCUUUCGAAGUACAUCAUUCUGUAGUCUGUAAGUACUUGUUCAAAGAAGUGCUACUAAAAAGCUUAUAAACUGUAUACAUAAAUAUGUAUUUUUAUUGCACGUUUAAAGGGAAAUUACUUACUUCGAAGGAAAAUACAAAAAUAAUAAAAAAAAAAACUUUUCUUUAUCUGUGAACAAGGAAGUCCAUUAUGUUGCUUGCUUUUGUUAUAUCUAAACAAACUUUAGCCAUGUAGUCUUAUUUAGCAUACCAGCUUAAAGACAAUAAAAAUAUAAGUGAAUACAUCAACUCUCACUACCAUGGACAUAUUUUUUCUAGGAGAGAACUUUUUUAUUUCUAUGUAGUUUUCUCAUUCAGAAAUUAUAAUUAUGGUGAUAUGUAUCUACUGAAAGGUAUGUUACAUGUAAAAGUCUGGCUUUCUUAAUACAUUGAAACAUAUUGCAUCUUUGUACUGGCAUGGCACUUAUGUUUCCAUUUAUUGCUUUCAUUUUAAUGAUUGCAGUCUUUUUUUCUGGAUCCACUUGUAUAUUUCGAGUGCUUCUAUAAAAAAUAGAGUGAAUGCAAAAUAUGCAAUUGUGCCUUCUUAUACCAACUGGUGUAAUAUGAUAUUGGUUAGAAAUGGAAAAAAAUAAGAAUAAUGAGGUGCAGGGAUUUAUCAUAUGCUGGGAUUGUAUUUAGCUGUAGGUUGAAUACAAUAUUAGUGAGAAAAUCACAUUUUUCUGGCAUUUCAGCUGUAAGACCAGUCAAGUUUUGUAUUAUGGAUAAAAUAUGUGUCAAGAGUAUAAACAUCUUGAAAAAGAAACAAGAGCAUCUCUGAAAACUUGUCAGGCAAUUCCAUGUUAGUUAUGCAAAUUUUUUCCAGAAAAUAGCAUUUGCAAAUAUAUGACCUACACCUUCAAUAACUUCUGUGUGUAAAUCUCUAAUCUGUUGACAUUUUUGCAUGUAGUGCUUACAGAUUUGUAUAUUUCUGUAAGACCCUUGAAGACUUUUGACUGUUCAGAUGAGUAGGUAAUUAUCAUUUGAAAGUUAAACCAGGGAUUGAUGAAAACCUAAGCAGGUGCAGUCUGAAUGACAACCUCAGAUGUUAAGCAAGAAUACCCAUUCUAUUUAGAACAGUCCAAAAUACUGUAACAGAUUGAAGGUAGUGCUAAAAUGUUGUUUAGUAUGCAUGAUAAACAUGAUUCAAAUCUCAUGUUUUCAUACAAUAUAGUAUACAAUUCUUAUACUGUGGAUUCAACGAGUUUAGAGGUCAUGUUCAUUUCUUAGUGAAGAUCUGCUUAAAAUUCUAAUUUAGUACAGAAUUAAAUGUAGGAAAAUUACCUUUUUUUGCAUCAUUAAUCAAGGAGGUAAGAUAUAAUUCAAAUGUACUUUUGAGAAAAAAAGUUUGAUAAGUUUUCAUUUCACCUUUACCAAAGCAAUAUACAACAUACAGUAACUAAUAAUAGGAUAAGAUGGGCAAAGUAGAAACACUAUACAAAAUUCUACUAGGUAGGUUCCAGUGAUGUCAAAAGAAAAAAAAAAGAUUUUGAUUAAAUUUACUACAGUAUAUCAGAAUGAAAGUUGAAUCUAAUUCAUUAAGGGAAUACUUUCCUCCUACGUGGGGUAUAUUUUCAGCUGGCUGUUCUUAAGACUUAAAGCACUCACUUUUAGUAUGAUGAGAUCUGUUUGUAAUAUUAAUCAUGAGCUAUUGUUCUGCGACUUGGAUGUUGAUAUUGAAACAAGGAACAAUUUAUCAUUGUUUAUUAUGAAUCACUAUGCACGAAGCUAUGCUAAACACAACAAAAUGUAUUGAACGCAAGUCCACCUCUAUUUAUGAAUUAUUUUACAUAAUUUAAUUUGCU